GAGGAAAGAGCUGCAGCGAUCUCCGCUUCAGUCACCAUGUUUAUGACAAACUCGGCGUUAUGGUGUGUGACGCACGCUACUCAGCGCUGGUUGGCUCGGUUAGAAUUCUCAGGGGGCGGGGUUAUUUGAAAAGGAGAGUUCCCAGACCCUUUCUCCGUGCAGAAAUAAACAGAGGAGGAGUAUGGCAGGCCAGGCUAGAGCAUUGGCACCACCGGUCCCUCCAGCCACCACCAGCGGGCAAAGUGGUCUUGCCCAAGGACACGACAGCAGCAUUCUCUGCUGGGAGUCGGGAUCGAUCCUCCGAUUACUGGACAACCCACUCUGCCUCCUAACUUCUGCUGCCCCAGUCAGGAUCGUUAACCCUCUCAGGCUCAAAAUAAGUUUUGAUAAAAGGACGAACAACUGAGGCCCUGUCCACACGUAGCCGGGGAUCUGCCAAAACGUAGAUAUUUUUCUACGUUUUGGCCUGUCAUCCACACGAAAACAGAGUUUUUUCACACGAAAACGGAUUUUUUAAAAACUCCGGCCAAAGUGAAGAUCUGCGUUUUCUCCGUUUUGGGUGUCUGCGUGUGGACAGACAAAACCGGAGUUUUAAGGUCCGCAACGUCACUUUCCACGACAAAACAAUGCUGACAUCACGUGUGCGACCUGUGUUUACACUAGCCGACAGCAUGGAUGCCCUCAGAGCUGCGCUCGCUUUAUCAAUUGUCCAAGCACUUUUUGCUUGUUUGUUUUUGCAAGCGGAAUUACUGCUCCUUGCGGAAGACCACAGACGAAGGACGAGGUUAAGAACGGGGAAGUCCUGCCGCCUACAGGUCUGGCAACAACAACAACAACGUAUUUAUCCGGGUACAUGUGGACAGUUUUUUUUUUAAACGAGGUGGUGUGGAUGCAAGUUUUUGGAGGGGCGGAUAUUCGUUUAAAAAAAAACCCCGCUACGUGUGGACUAGGCCUAAGUCCUUCAGGGGUACUUCUGAGUUAAAAAUGCUCAUGAUAUACGCAUGUGGAGUAACCAGGAAGGUAGGUUUUAACGUAGCAAAUCUGCAACACCUGCCUCCAGAGGGUUACCUGAUAGCCUGUAACUGAAUAAUCUGGCCUCUGGUGAAAACCAGUUUGGUAAAUCCAUUCCACUGUCGCUCUAAUCUUAUGCAUGUUUUCCAGGCAUCCCAAACUUUUCCUCUGUUCCCAGUAACAUAGCAUGCUCUCUUCCCCUCCUUGUUCUGUUUCUCUCACACACACACACGCACACGCACACGCACACACACACACACACACACACACACACACACACACACACACACACACACACACACACACACACACACACACACACACACACACACACACACACACACACACACACACACACACACACACACACAGGUGGUUUUGGAUGUGUGUAGCUGCAUCUGUUUCUGCUUUGUAAAACUCAGGCUUGUUUUUUUUUUCUAUCUAGUUGUCUUAAAUUCCUUUGUCGCACUCUUGCACCGGGAACAGGAACAGCUUUCCUGUCAUUCAGGAUACACACUCACACCGUACUCCGGACAUCACGCCUUUGGGAUCUCACACUGGGGAAACUUUGAGGGGGAGCUCUCAGUGAGAGAAGCAGGCUAAAGCUUUCGGGACUGGACUCGGAGCGUUGAACAGAAGUGGAGGUUUGAUGAUUUAAUCCUCUCUUGGCAGUAGGAAGUGAUUUCACCGUGGAGUGGAUUUGAACGCAACACCACCCAUGAGGACUUAAAGUAAAGACCUGUUCUGAAGGGAAGUUUGUGAUGAGCAGAGCUUUAACUCCAUGAGGACUUUGGGUCUGAACUGACACCACGACCAGAGGAUUUGUUUUGAGUGCCAGAGUGACAGCAUGGCUGGGGUUACCAGGAAGGGAUCUGGGAGACACUCGUACUACUACAGAUUCCUGGGCAAAUCCCGACUGCAGCGUCAGCGAAGCCGGUCCCGCAGCCGCACCAGGCCGCCUGCCAACAGGGAGUCCCCUCCGGAAAGGGCAGGACGCCGACGCAGCGUGCCUGGCUCCUCAGACAAGACCACAUCCACCAUGGACGCCACCGCUACCACUGCCACGCCUUUCAGAGUCACCGUCAGUACGGGCUUUCUGAGUCGACGUCUGAAGGGCUCCAUAAAACGCACCAAGAGUCAACCCAAACUCGACCGCAACUCCAGCUUCAGACACAUCCUCCCCGGCUUCAGGAGUGUCGACAAUGACAGAUCUCAUCUGAUGCCAAGGCUGAAGGAGUCUCGCUCUCAUGAAUCACUGCUCAGCCCUAGUAGUGCCGUGGAAGCCCUGGACUUAAGCAUGGAAGACGAGGUCAUCAUCAAACCGGUGCACAGCAGCAUCCUCGGCCAGGACUACUGCUUCGAGGUCACUACCUCCACAGGAAGCAAGUGUUUUUCCUGCCGUUCAGCUGCCGAGAGAGACAAAUGGAUGGAGAAUCUGAGGAGAGCUGUGCAGCCAAACAAGGACAACAGUCGCCGGGUUGAGAACAUGCUGAGGCUGUGGAUCAUCGAAGCCAAGGACCUGCCGACUAAAAAGAAGUACUUCUGUGAGCUCUGCCUUGAUGACUCACUGUACGCUCGCACCACCUGCAAGCUCAAGACUGACAAUGUCUUUUGGGGAGAACACUUUGAAUUCAGCAACCUGCCUGCUGUCAGGAGCAUCACAGCACACCUUUACAAAGACACAGACAAGAAGAAAAAGAAAGACAAAAACAAUUACAUCGGACUUGUAAACAUCCCCAUCCCAGCCGUCACCGGACGGCAGUUUGUGGAAAAAUGGUAUCCGGUCAGCACGCCCAACCCGCCAAAGGGCAAGACGUCAGGCCCCAUGAUCAGGAUCAAGGCCCGCUAUCAGAGCAUGAGCAUCCUGCCUAUGGAGAUGUACAAGGAGUUUGCAGAGUACACCACCAACAACUACAUGCUGCUGUGCUCUGUGCUGGAGCCGGGGAUCGGCGUCAAGAACAAGGAGGAGAUGGCGUGCGCGCUGGUGCACAUUCUGCAGAGCACCGGGAAGGCCAAGGACUUCCUGACAGAUUUGAUGAUGUCUGAGGUGGACCGCUGUGGAGAGAAUGAACACCUCAUCUUCAGAGAAAACACACUAGCGACUAAGGCCAUUGAGGAAUACCUAAAGCUGGUGGGACAGAAGUACCUGCAGGAUGCCCUCGGUGAAUUUAUUAAGGCUCUGUAUGAGUCGGAUGAGAACUGUGAGGUGGAUCCAUCCAAGUGUUCAUCCGGUGACCUCCCAGAGCACCAGAGUAACCUGAAGAUGUGCUGUGAGCUGGCCUUCUGCAAAAUCAUCAACUCCUACUGCGUCUUUCCACGAGAACUGAAGGAGGUUUUUGCAUCGUGGCGUCAGGAAUGCAGCAGCCGGGGUCGACCAGACAUCAGCGAGCGGUUGAUCAGCGCCUCCUUGUUCCUGCGCUUCCUCUGUCCGGCCAUCAUGUCGCCCUCGCUUUUUAAUUUGAUGCAGGAGUAUCCUGACGACCGGACGGCGCGCACACUCACCCUCAUAGCUAAAGUCACACAAAACCUGGCCAACUUCACAAAAUUUGUUAACAAGGAGGAGUACAUGUCAUUUAUGAACCAGUUCCUGGAGCACGAGUGGACCAACAUGCAGCGUUUCUUGCUGGAAAUCUCCAACCCAGAGACAAUCUCCAACACGGCGGGCUUCGAGGGCUACAUCGACCUCGGCAGGGAGCUGUCGACCUUGCACUCGCUCCUCUCUGAGGUGGUCUCCCAGAAGGACCAGAGCACAGUCUCCAAGCUGGGUCCUCUGCCCAGAAUCCUGAGGGAGGUGAACACAGCGCUGUCCAACCCGUCCUAUGUCCAGAUGACACCUGGACAGUUCUCAGAACCUGUGGGCUCCUCGCCUCCCGCAGAGGCAAGCUGCAGCAUCUCCACUGGCCUGCAGAAGAUGGUGAUAGACAACGACCUCUCGGGACUGGUUGACUUCACCAGGUUACCCUCGCCUACCCCAGAAAAUAAGGACCUCUUCUUUGUGACAAGGAGCUCGGGUGUCCAGCCUUCCCCUGCACGCAGCUCCAGCUACUCUGAGACAAACGAGCCGGAACUGGGCAUGACAAAUGGCAGCAAGAGUUUGUCUAUGGUGGACCUCCAGGACCCUCGCAAUCUGGACGUUGGGACUGGUCCCAGUACCUCAGAUGCUCUGGGUGAAGGCCAAGCUUCUGAUGGAGGCUGGUCGGCCAGAGUCCCACAGGGCAACAUCCCGGGAGGUCCCACCUUGAGGCGGCCGGGCCAGACUCCCACUACCCCGGCAACAGAAAGCACUCCGGGCCGACCCGCCCAGCUGCUUGCUCCACUGUCCUUCCAGAACCCAGUUUACCAGAUGGCAGCUUGCUUGCCCGUGUCCCCUCGAGGAAUGAAUGACUCUGGGUCAGAGUGCCACAGUUCAGUUAGUUCCCAUAGCAACAAUGAGGAUGGGCCAGCAGGAGGGAAGCAAGCAUUUAUGAACCACGGAGGUGGAGGAGGUGGGGGAAGCAGCGGUGACGAGUACACCAGGCGUUCGGGGGAGUUCAAUCGCCGACAGCUGUCCCUCACGGAGACGCAGCACCAGCCCGGCGUCCCCAGACAGAGCAGCGCUGGCCCACAGCGGAGGAUAGACCAACCUCCCCCUCAGAGCGUCACUCGAGGCCGUACUCCUCCAAACCUGCUCAGUGGUGGACCCUACCCCCGCCCGUCCUCUGGGAACAUGAUGACGUCAUCACCCGACUGGCCCACCGGCGGGGCUCGGUUACGACAGCAGUCCUCAUCUUCUAAAGACAGCCCCGAGACCAAGCAGAGAGUUCAGCACAAACAGGCCCCCUCCCCAGUGAACCCCAGUGCGCUGGACCGCACAGCAGCGUGGCUUUUGAAUAUGAAUGUGCUGUAUUUAGACCAUGAGGGGAUGGAGCCCGAGUCACUGAGAUACAGAGACGAUCUAACUGAGGUGGAGAAGUACCAGCAGGAGAUUGCCGUCCUCCAGGAGAAGCUGCGAGCGUCGGUGCAGAAGCUGGAGGAGUACGAGGCUCGUCUGAAGGGCCAGGAUGAGCAGGCGCAGAAGGUUCUGAUGGAGUACCAGGCCAGGCUGGAGGAGUCAGAGGAGCGCCUGCGCAGACAGCAGGAUGACAAAGACCUCCAGAUGAAGAGCAUCAUCAGCCGGUUGAUGUCGGUGGAGGAGGAGCUGAAGAAGGACCACUCUGACAUGCAGGCAGUCGUGGACUCUAAACAGAAGAUAAUCGACGCACAGGAGAAGCGAAUAGCAUCUCUGGAUGCGGCCAACGCUCGUCUGAUGAGCGCCCUGACUCAGCUGAAGGAGCGCUACAGCAUGCAGACCCGCAACGGCAUCUCCCCCACCAACCCCACCAAGCUGCAGAUCACGGAGAACGGAGAAUUCAGAAACAGCAGCAACUGCUGAACAGAGCUGACCUCGAGUGUGUGCUGAGUGUGUACAGUUUAUCUGGCGAGAGGACGCGUCUCCCCGCCUGCACGAGAGACUGAGACCGCGUGGGCGUGCGCUCACAGCAGACAGUACUUCCGGAAAGACUUUUUAAGAGAUGGUGUAGGGGAGUAAUGGGCAUUUUUCCAGAGGAGGGCGACCUUCAUCAUGAGGGCAAGUGGAGGGGCGGAGCUUGUAUAUAAGAACUCACGGCUGUCCAUCAGGCAGACUCCGACGAUACGUGGUCACCGGGGCGAACCACUAUUUAACCACACACACACACACACACGCACAGCCAGGACCACCAAAAAUGGUCGCCCUAGCAACUAUCCUCUCCUCCUUUUCUAUCCCUCUCCUUCUUGAUAACAAAGUGGAGCCAUUAACACCAACAAGAUUGCAGAUUUUCACUUUAGCCGUCUCGAGAGGUUCGCGUUUUAAAGCUUUACUUUGAAGUGUUUCUGAAGAACCAAAUAUGAGCUAAAAAUAGAUCAUUUUAGUCCAAAACAAUCAACUUUGCUUCCCUUUGAACUUGUGGGUGUGUUCCUGAAUGUCCCGCCGACCCCAUGCAAUGCACUUUGCAAGAAGCUAUUGGUACGUAAAAGGCCUUAACUAAGGAACACACGUCCACCUCACCCCUCAGCUCACCUCGUUUCUGCAAAAAACCAACUAAAAGGCACAACUUAUACUGUGGAUUUGUAAAGAAUACAAAACUAAACUGCAAACAUUUAGAUGUAUAAUAAAAUCAGAAGUAAAUGUAGUACUAUAUUAAUGAAAUUUAAUAUAGAUGUAUGCAUUGUUUUCUUCUAUAGAGUAUACACACAUAUAUUUGAUAAACUGACAGAUUAAAGAGCCCAUUAUUUACGAGUUUUCGUCUAUGGCGAGAUUGUGGCGUGCAGCUCACAUCGGAGCGCUGGAGGUGGGGACGACACUGAGCAGUGAUAGAAAUAUCCACGCCGCACCGUAUCUGCAGGAGUUUCAAAAAAUGAUGCAAAGUUUGCAGUGAAACAGAUCAAGAGUCACGGUUUCGUCUCUGUUUUUCUCUCUGCACUGGAGCUGUUGAAGGUGCAUUGAGAUGCGCUCACUCACGCUCUACUCUGGACCAGUGAGCCAUCGCUAUGGCCGCCAUUAGUUCCAUCCCCUCUCCCAACUGCUUUAAUUGUCCGUGGUGAUGAAGUAGGCAAACUGUGACGAUCCUUGUAGCAACACCUAACUCAUCCGGAUUUCUUUCUCUCGCCUUGUUUCUAUCUUUCUAUCCUGCAAUCUUACAGUUGGUCCUAAAGUCGUCACUCUUCCAUCUCGCCAUGUGUGAUUUGUAUGUUUGCUUCAGGGAAGAAACAAGAACACAGACUUUAAACAUGAGGCAGGAGGCUCUGCAUGCUUCAUCUUUGCUUGACAGCCGAGCGUAGCGUCAGUACAGGUUGUUUUCCUGGGUCGCCAGUCAGACGGUGAUGAUGAAUGCUUGCAAAUGCAAAAAAUUAUAUAUAUAUAUAAUUAUAUAUGUAAUUAUAUGUAUGUAUAUAUAUAAUUUUAUAUUUAUAUAUA